AUGCAAUACUUUCCGAUAACAUUCAUGCUAAUCCUGCUUACACAACUCUCGCAAAGUAAAGAAUUAGAAAUCAUAGAUUUGAACAGGCAACCGAUAUUUUUUCUUAAAACCAGAACUUGUAGAUUACAAACAGGAAGCAUAAAAUUCAUACAUCCUAUAAACAUGUUAACCCUUGAAAAUGCUAUUAACACCAUUACACACUUUUCGUACGAAAACAUUAAUAACGAACUUAAAGAAAUUGUCAGACUAAAAGUAAAAUUAUUGUACUCAAACUUCCAACAAUUAAAACCUAAAUAUAGAACAGCUAGAAGUCUAGAAAUCUUAGGAACAGCUUGGAAAUGGAUAGGAGGAAGUCCUGACGCCGACGAUCUCAGAAUCAUCAACACCACAAUGAACGAGCUAACCGAGAACAACAACAAACAGUACCGAAUCAACAAACAGUUCGAUCACAGGCUACGAACCCUCACUGACACCAUAAAUCAAUUGACAAAAGAACGAGAACAAGUAAUGCUGAAUGAACUAGAAACCAUUAAAACCAUAAUGAACAUCGAUAUCAUCAACCAUGUUUUAGAAGAAAUUCAAGAAGCAAUCAGUUGGACUAAAGUAUCAGUAGUUAGCAACAAGAUUCUAUCAUCACCAGAGAUAAACUCCAUCAAAACCAUACUAGAAGACCAAGGAGUAAAAGUCGAAUUACCAGAUGAAGCGCUAAAGCUAGUACAACCAAUUAUCGCGAUCAACUCGAAUUCGAUACUCUACAUACUGAAGAUCCCUCAGCUAGCUGAUGAAGAAGCAACAAUGCUUGAAGUAUUUCCUCUCAGUAUCGAUAACAGAAUCAUAGUAGAGACUCCGACGCACCUUAUAAAAACACGGAACAAAGUGUUCAAACCAGCCAAACCUGAUGAAUACAUCCAAAACCAAUACAGGGAGUACAUCGAUAAAUGCACAUCCAAUCUCAUCCUAGGGAGAAAAAGCGAUUGUUCUACUGCAAGAAAGAACAACACGACGAUAAAGCUAAUAUCCGAUGGACUUAUCAUUGUCGACAACGCAAAAGGAGCAGCCCUGAGUUCAAGCUGUGGACCCGAUGAUAAACUCGUCUCCGGAAAUCUUCUGAUACGCUUCAACGAUUGCAAGGUAACGAUAAUGAAUCAAACAUUUUCUUCUAAGACUAUCUCCAGCACAGUAGAGCCAUAUUGGGGAGCAGUAUCCAUCACCGAAGUCAGAUGACAACACCAUAAACCGAUGAUAAGGCAAGACGCAUUCGAGAACAUUGGAACGAUGCAGCAUUCUUAUCUCCAGCAGUUCAACAGCGCAUGGAAUUGGAGCCUACUUGGAGGAGUAUUGGUCUCAACAUUCUUCACGUUAUCCCUGGCGAUCUUCGUUUUCACGUUCUACAAACGAUCGAUACGGACCAUCGCAGACGUUCUACCGAAAAUAGCGGACGCAUAAGGACACGCUCUUCUUCACCCCCCCGAGGAGUUACGUAGACCGAAUAGCUGAGUCCACGUAAUAAGAAGCCAACACGUGGACACGCGCACCGAGCAACGACCGCAUCACCGGAACACGCGCGCAUAGCAACAUGACGCGCAUAGCAACGGGAACCGGCACGUGGACACGCGCAUACCGGAUAUGCAGAGUCAGCAGCUAUAGGGUAGAAUCGAAGGCUAGGUGCAUUGUAAAAUUUAAGAAAUAAGUUAGUUGUGAUUUGGAUCAGCUCAGUGUAAGAAGCGCUUGCGCUUAAGCAAUAAAGUUUUUUUUUUAUGAAACGUGAAGCC